AUGGCUAAGAAGGUAUGGAAAUACUUCCGGAAGUACAAGUAUCUUCGAAUGUACUUCUGGAAGUACAAUACUGGUAGCCCUACUUACCUAGCUACCUUCGAAGGUACGAAGGUACGAAGGUACUUCCGGAGGUACCUUCGAAGGUACACGUACUGUACUUCCGGAAGUAACUUGGUGCGUGGCUAG